CCCUUUACCACUUCCUGUUUGAUACACAUGCCAUGAGGUCACUGCUCUGGCUAGAAUGGCAAAGGGGAACCUGUCAGGAGAGGAACGAAAGAGAAGGAACAGGGAGUAUCAAAAAAGAAGGAGAGAAAAAAUUAACACCCAGCCAGAGUUGAAGAAAGAGUUUCUCAUAAAGGAAAGGGAAAGAUGGAGAAACAGUGAAAGAGGGAAAAAUAAAGAAUAUCAGUAAUCUGAAAGAAAGAGAAAAAAGGCAGAAGAGAAGCUUUUGGAGACAAGAGAGCAGCAGAGAACGUCCAGCAAGGUCUGAACACACAGCCACAGAGUACUUUAGACCUUAAUUUUGAGGAAUCAAGCAGUAGUAGGCAGCUACUUGCUGGUGAACUAUUAAGAUGCAGAAAUAGAAAAAGGCAUUCCAGAGAUGUUAAAGCACUCAGAGACAAACUUGACAAGUUACAAAAAGAGAAAGAUAAGCUUAGAAAGCAACUUGAACGGAGAAGGCCCAUUCUUUGUGAGAUGACGGAAGACUCACCUCGGACUCAAACGCAGAAAAUGAUUCAAGGGAGUGAACUCAGAAACCCUUUAAUCAAACGAGCACUGCUUUUCCAACAUGCAUUGAAUUCUGAGCUGAAAAAAAAUGCUCAUCAUGUUCACAAACGAGGUAAACAUACAUCACAGUAACCAAAGUUGUCUUUAUCUGGCAGAAUACUCAAGAAAUAUCCCAUGAUGCACAGGGUUCGGGAGUUACAAAACACUGAGAGAAAACAUACCAAAGCAAAGAAAGCCUAAUUUCCUCCAGACCAUUUCUUCAAGUGUCCACAGUUUUUUUUGAAAACAAUGCAAGAAUAACAACAGAUAAGCAAGACACCAUCACCAGAAGAAAAGUAAAACGUCAAAGAAUGAUUAUGACAGACACUAUGCAAAACCUUCACAAUGCAUUUAUUGAGCAAAACCCAAACAUUCAACUUAGUUAUUCAUCCUUCUGUGCAUUGAGUCCAUUCUACAUCACAUCGCCUAGAGCAUCAGAUCGAAAAACAUGCCAAUGCCAGUACCACGAGAAUGCAAAAUUGAUGCUUGAGGUUCUGAAGUCAUUUCAAAGCUGUGUCAACCAGCAAACUUGAAGAGUCAUUCCAGCUUGUGUGUUGUCCUCCAGCUAGUGAAUCUUGUCUUCUACGUACUUGUUCAAGAUGUUUAAACAAAUGUUCAAGUCUUCCUUCAGAGCAACGGAAAACACAAGUGGAGUGGAAGCAGUGGAAACAUAUCAAAGAGCAAACGGAAGAUGGAGCUCAUUUUCACACCAAACUUCAGAAACACACUGGCACUCUGUCAGAGCUUAUGGUUCUCUACCAAGACAAAUUAAGAAGUGAAACAACCACCCAUUUCCACCUAGUUCAAAAUCAAAACAGGGAGUACAAGAACAUGACAAGAAAUUGCAAUGAAACAACAGUUAUUGUGCAUGUUGACUUCUCUGAGGCCUGGAAAUGUAAAUUCAACUCGGAAGUACAAUCCUGCCGUUAUGGACAAAACCUCCCACAGAUAACACUUCACAUAGGCAUGUUUUACACCAAACAUGAAAAGGCAGGGUUUUGCACCAUUUCAGAGUCGAAGCGCCAGGAUGCAGCAGCCAUAUGGACCUACAUGGAUCAAGUCCUGAAAGAUAUUCAUACCAGACUGCCGUACAUUGACACUGUUCAUUUCUGGUCUGAUAGUCCAAGCAAACAGUAUAAAAAUAAAAAGAACUUUCUCCUCCUUUCUGCCAUCCCUCCCCAACUGGGAUUCAAGAAUGCAACAUGGAAUUUCUUCCCUACAUCCCAUGGAAAGGGUGCCCCAGAUGGCAUUGGGGCAACAGUGAAGAGAUGUGCAGACCACACUGUACUAAGAGGUCAGGACAUUGUGGAUGGCAGAGCAUUUUAUGAGAUGGUGUCCAGCAGACUAAGUGGUGUUAAGCUACACUAUGUCACCACUGAUGAUUUCCAGUCUUACGACACUAUACUCACGAAACACUUGAAAUCCAUCACCGGAACAAGAAAGAUUCAUCAAGUAUUAGCUCAGGGAAAUAUCAUCCAUUGCAGACAUGUUUCAUGUUUUUGCAGUGUGCCAAAGAUUUGCCAGUGUUUCAGUCCAGUUGCUUACACUUUUGACGGCAUCUCACAGCACCCAGAUGAGCAUCAGAAUUCUAAGGCUGUUGCAAAACAAAGUCCUCUGGCCAUCUUGAUGGAAGCAAUGGAGAAAGAGCCCAGUAGAGCACCUGAUGGUACUACAACUACAGUAGGGUGCAGUGAUGUUUACACAGGAGACUGACUUAUUGUCAUGGAUGACCAGAACUGGUGGCUGGCUAAAGCUUUAACAGUCGAUGAAGAGCAUCAAGAUGUUCAAGUAGAAUUUUUUUCAUCCUCAUGGGCCAAAUGUCAGAUUUCAACGAAAAAAAGGAUGCCAAGAUGUCUGCUUUGUUCCAUUUGCUGAUGUUUUAGUUAAGCUUGAUGAACCAUCAUCACCAGUCCGCACAAGCAGAACCCGGAACAUAUACCAAAUAUCUCCAGAGGUCAUGGACUUAGAUGAGGAAGUCGUUAAUCGACUGUUGCCUGGUGUUUAAAAUCCAGGCAUCCAGAUUUAGUGUUAUAUUCAAGUUUAUCCAGAUUUUCUGAGAUUGCUCAUUUGAAAGUUUUAAGAGCUAAAUGUUCUGAAUUAUUUUCUGCAUGACCAACAUAUGAUGAUUUUCUGAACUACAAACUGAUUAUAUGUGCUAUCUUACUGCCUUGUUCCUUAUUUUAAAGUCCUUGACAUGUGCAAAAAUAGAACUGUUAUGAAGUGUCUUGCGAUAUUACAUAUGUAGUUAAAGUUUAAUGGUCAUUUUAAAAGAAAUAAUUUCUUGUUUUCUACUAGUGUGUCACCACCGUCAGAUUUGUGUCACCACCGUCAACACCUUGUCAACUCCAUAAUAUGGAUUUUUUGUUUAUUUUUCUCUUUUGAAGAACAAAAUGUUUUGCUCCCUCAUGA